UUGCAUGCCGGGGAGGAGCGAACUGAACCGCCCCGGCCCGGCCCGGCCCGGCAGCCCCUUCGGCCGCAGCCUUGACCCCGCCUGCCCAGCCAUGGCAGCCUCGCUGAGCCGCCCCUUCUUCAUCUCCCUCCACGUGCCCUACAGGCAGGGCUGGGCCCAGGACCUGGCCAACACCUUCCACUUCCAGCCCGUGGCGGUGCGGGAGACCCGGCGGGUCCGGCAGCUGGCUCUGUGCCGGGGAUGCGCCCUCUUCCUCCUCAAUGAGCGCCUGAACCCAGCGCCUGCCACCGAUUCCUCCCAUGAAUUCCUCUACGACGUGGACCCCCGGCCCACCUUGGGCACCGCCUCCAAUGUCUGCUUCGAGGUGGACGACGUGCCGGGGCUCUGCAGGCAGCUGCAGAGCCGGGGAUGCUCUGUGCCAGUGCCUCCCACCGAGGUGAGGGAUGACGGCGGGUCUGUCACCUAUGGGGUGGUGAGCUCCGUUGUGGGCAACAUCAGCCAUACCCUUCUGGACCGAUCCCGCUACCGGGGACCCUUCCUGCCCGGCUUCCAGCCCAUGGGAGGAGCAUCCUCAGCCCCAGGGGAUGGGAUCGAGAUCACCCACUUUGACCACAUCACGUACGUGUGCCGGCGGGGCGGUACGCGCGCGGCUCUGGACUGGUACCAGCGCUGCUUCGGCUUCCGACGCUUCCUGCUGAACCCGCAGGAGAGGCUGGACAAGGGGUACGUGCUUGGGGGGCAGGGGACGGGGAUGCUGCUCCUUGCGCUGCAGAGCGCCCAGGGUGCCCCAGGACACGGCUGCAAGCUCGUCCUCGCUGAGUCCCUCUCUCGGGAUGGCACCAACCAAGUGGACACCUUCCUAGAGCAGCACGGUGGGGCCGGGAUCCAGCACGUCGGCCUCCGCACCACUGACAUUGUGACCACGACCAGGACGUUGCAGCAGCGGGGAGCGCGGUUCUUUACACCCCCAGGCACCUACUACAGCCAGGAUGGCAAAGCAGAGGAGAUCCAGGGGGCUGGGCAGGACCCACACACACUGGCAGAGCUGGGCAUCCUGCUGGACACCACAGCACCAAGGCACAAGGGCAGUGAUGCUGCAGAGAGCCCUUCCCAGGAGUAUCUGAUGCAGAUCUUCACCCAUCCCAUCUUCUCUGAAGAGACUUUCUUCCUGGAGCUCAUUGACCGGCGGGGAGCACCAGGCUUUGGGGAAGGCAAUAUACAGGCACUGUGGAAAGCUGUGCAGAUCUAUAUGGACCAGCAGCAGUAGUGGCAACACUGCGGUCCUCCUCCCUCAGCUCCCCAUCCUCUCUGGUCCAACACAGCCCUGUAGGGAUACCAGGGGCAGGGACUGAGGGACCAGAUCAAGCCAGCGCCAGCUCCAUGUGGGAGCACACUGCUCAGGGCCAUGUCCAGCAGGACUCAGCAUCCCCCAUGAUGGAUGGUGAUUUCUCUCUUCCCCGGGUUCCCAGUGAUUUAUUGACCUCACGUGAAGAACUUCUUGCCUUCAUUUCAUGUUAACUUAAUGAGACUUGUUCUGUACUGCUAUGAACACUGCUGAACCCCCCCUGCCAUAGGGGGAUGAGGGGCUGCCAGAGGGGAGCAGAUAACGCAGGAGCCAUGGACACUGCCACUCAUCAAUGGUUGCCACCAGAGCAUGGCCAGCCCCUGUACAGGGCAAGCGAUGGGCUCUUGCUCCUCUCCAUUAA